AUGAAUAAAACAACUCAAAUUGAUAAAUCAUAUGUCCUCUCUCAAUUACAUUACAAAAAAAAAGAAUUUCGAAUAGCCUUCUUAUAAUUAAGAUAAUCAAUUGCAUCAUAAAUUUUAAAAUCAAAUCAUUAACUACUAAAAUCAGUUUUCCCUGAUUCAUGGCAAUAUAAAUGUAUAUAAAAUAUCUAUUAUUUUAUAUAGUAUUGAGCAAAUAUUUAUAAGAUGAUGAUAAAUUUCUUACAAUGCCAUUGUAAUCUAUCCUUCUAGAUUGUUAAGAAUUCACAAUGCAUAAAUAAUUUUAAUGUUCCAUUUCUAAAUCAUAAAAGGAAAUUCUAUUUUAUCAACUUCAUAAUGGAAUUGAAUCAUCUCUCUACAGAGAUAGACAUAUAUUAAUUAGAAAAUUAUGUUUACUUCAUAGUUAUUUCAAUCAAGAUUAUUAAAAAAUAAUUGAAGAUUAUUUGCAAUAACCAAGAGUACAACUCAAAUAUUAUCAUUAAGCAUGUAAAUUUUCAUUAAUUCUUAUAAGUUAGAUUUCUAACUGAUUUUUUGGAUUAAUUUGAAGAAGGAAUUAAUAUUUAUAAAAAGUACUUGAAAGAAAAUCCAAGUUCAAUUGAAGGCUAUGAUUGUCUCAAUGAUUUGUUACCAACUCAAUCAGAAUAAGUAGAACUUUGGAAAUAAUUUAUAAAUGAUAAUCCAACUAAUAGAACAGGAUAUUUGAGAUUAUUGAACAUUCAAAAUGAAUCUUCAGUUUUAAAAUUAUUUAUAAAGAAUAAUCCAAAUGAUCUCUAUGGAUUUGAAUAACUUUCCCUUUUGGAUAAAGAUGAAAAUUAAUUAAAUUAAUAUUUAGUUAAAUUUCCUAAUAAUUGGGAAGGUUAUAAUAAAAAAUGCUAAAUUGCAUUUCAAUUAAAGGGGAAAUUCAAUUCCAAUAUUAUCUCUGAUUAUUUAAGUAGUUUAGAUAUCAAGGAAAUAUGUUAAUUUAUCCACUCUGAUAUUGAAAAUUGUAAUCUCUCAAUUCUAUUUUAGAUAAGUCUUAAAAUCAGGUUAUCAACGGAUAUGAAUUAGAAAAACUAAAAUAUAUUAUAUCAAAUUUUAUUUGCAAAGAUUCACUUGUAGAAAAAUUAAAUAUGCUAUAAAAUGUUGAAUAAAAAAAAAGGCUAAUUUUUCAAAAUGAAGUUUUUAAUGAUGGUAAUUAUAGAUUUAAUACUAGUAAUGAAUAGUAUCAUUCCUUAGAUUUAUAACAUUAAAUAAAUUGAAUAAUCUAUCUUAUAAAAUAAGAAUGAUAUUAAGUUCUAUAUUGAAAAAGGUAUGAUGAUUUAAUUAUUAACCUUAGCAAAAUAUUAUUAUUUACUUAAUUAAUUGGAAGAGGCAUUACAAGUAUUUGAUGAAUUUAUAAAUUUAUUCCCAAAUUAGUUUAUUGGAUAUGAAGAGAAAGGUAAGAUUGAAAUUAUUAUCAUUUAGCUUAAUUUAUGAAAUACAAAUGUAAACCAAUUUAAAUCAAAUAACAUUGGGAGAAAUUUAUUUAAUAAUGCCCUAAUUAAGAGGAUAAUAUUUUGUUAAAAAAAGGAGAUGUAUCAACUACAAUCUUGAAACAGCAUGAAAAAGCAAUUCAAUUCUUGGAUUAACAUAUUAAAUUGAAUCCUUUUGAUGAAAAUGGUUAUUUAACAAAAAGUACAUAAUAUACAUAAUUAUCAUAAGUUAAACUAUUACAUAAUUAAGGAAGAUAAAAAGAUCUGUUAAUGGUAAUAGAUAAAUACUUUGAAAUUAAUCCAUUAAAUGAAGAAAUUCAAUUAUUAAAAGGUAAUUUUAAUCUGCAUUAAAGUUUAAAUGCUUACAAAGAUAUAUUCUAAUGAAAUCGCAUUAUAAUACAUUAAUUCACUCCCAUAUGAAUAAUCAAUAAAAUUGGUUGAAAUGAAAGCUAAAAUAUUAGGUGAUAAAAAUAAGGAAGAAGGUUUAAAGGUACUAACAGAGUAUUUAUUAAGUAAUCCAGAUAGUAGAAAAGCUAAUAAAUUGAGAAGUACUUAAUAUACUAUAAUAUUAGUUAAAUUCAUUCGAGACUUUUUUGGAAAUUAAUACAUUAACAGUCUUAGAGAAUUAAUAAAGAAAGAUCCUCAUUCUAUUAAGAAUUAUAAAUUAUUUUGUAUUUAUUAAAAUAAAUAUAUAGAUAAAAUGACUUUAGAUGAACAUACUUUAUAUGAUGAAGCAAGAGAUUGGAUUGAUUUUUAUAUCGAGACUCAUCCAGAUAAGAAGGAGAAUCAUAGAAUUCUUUUGAAUAUGAUAACAAAAUGA